ACUGAACCCAGCAUAAUGUCACCUGUGAUCUCUGAUUGGAUUUGUUUGGCCUGUUAAGCGAGUGACUGGGACUUGGAGGAGCCAUCUCCACUUGGAGAUAUUGAUUACAGUGGCUACCAAGAUAAAGAUUAAACAUUGUCUUCGUUUGUUUAGUGUUUGCAUGAAAGUUGAAAUCUGAAGAAUGAUUUACAAUCACUUUCUGUCGGCUCAGCGCAUUCAGGCAGUUUGGCGACAUGGGGGUUAAAGGUCAAAGCAUUUGCACACAACCUGGCUAAGGCCUGGACAUGUUGACCACUUUACAAGCUUGCCACUCAACUCCAUGCGCCUCUUCAGUGUAAUGAGGCUGGACCGAGGACCGCAUCUACUUAUUUCUUGUGCCAUCUUAUUUUGUCAUGUGCAGAACACCCCCAAAAUCCAAUACAACAAAAAGAGCCAACAACUGCAUAGCCCUUUGAUGAAGAUGACCUGAUAACGAGUGGGGGUUCCCACUUCUUCUGCUGACCUGCUCCCCUCCUUCAAGAAUAAACCCCACCCCGACAUUGUGUUGUUGCUUUACCAAGGCCUCAGCUGAUCAAUAUAUAAGUCCGUUCGAAAUCCGUUCGUGUUCAGAGCUUCAUUUCAAGGCUGCCAUGUGGAAGGACUCAAGUAAUGAUGAUGCCAGACCCCCGGCCUCCAGUGGCUCAUCUUCUCGUAGCGCCAGCCGCAGGAAGAGGACCAGUUUUUCCAAAGAGCAUGUGGAGCUUCUGCGUGUCACUUUUGAGACUGACCCGUAUCCUGGCAUCAGCCUCAGAGAGAGCCUGUCUCAGACUACAGGCCUUCCAGAAUCCCGUAUCCAGGUGUGGUUUCAGAACAGGAGAGCUCGUACGCUAAAGUGCAAAGGGGCCAAGAAAGCACUUUGGCAAGCCGAUAGUCCAAUUCAAAAGGCUCCGGCCCCGCAUCACAAUGUGGCUCGGAGGCCACAGAGUGGGCCUGUCGCUAUGGGACGUCAGGGUCCCCCGCCAUCCUGCCCCACCCGGGUGAAGGAAGAGAUGGAAGAAUCCUGCUUUUAUGGACAGUGUCCCCCAAUGUACCCCACUAUCGAGGAUCAUCGACAAUAUGACUCCAUGUACGGUCUCCAUCAGAGCACACCCCUGGGAAACAGCUCCAACCCCCACCUGAGGGGCUACUGGUCCCAGCAAAGCAGCCAAACAGACCUUGUGACUCAGCUCUGGUGCAACUCCCCCGUGGAGGGCCGCAGCUACAAUCCAAACACUCUCGCCUUCAUUUGCCCGAUAAACUACACGGUCCGCUCCAGCUGUCCGGACACCCCGGAUUCGGGAUACUGGGAUCCCAGCCUCGAAAACAGCCCCUCACUGGAUGGUCAUUACUCGCAGAUGGAUGUUUCGUGGGGUGUUCUGGAAGGUAGCAGGGGGUCUGGAUUUCAAUCACUGGUCCAGCAUGCCCCCUUGCCUGAGCUGUCCCUGCAGGAGAUCCUCGGGGAGCUGGAUGAGGACUGGCUUGGGGGAGAAGGACUCGACAGUCAUGAGAAAAUGCCCCUGUGUUGAUGACUCACCAAGCAGAUAUCGUCGCGAAUCAUUUGUAAUCUUUCAUUAUCCUCAGUUCUGUGUACCUAAAAGUAACUCAAAUUGUUACAUAUGUGCAUUUUCCCACUAAUUUUCCCAUGAAUGUAUUUAAUUCUGUCUAUAUUUAUUCUUAUUAUUUUGAUUUGUUUGUUUUUUCCUGCACUUUUAUUUAAAUAAACAAUUUAAAAAUA